AUGACGUACGCGGCGAGCAUCAUAACGAAGGCCGGUUUCUCCAUCAAUCCAGAACUACAGAGCCUGAUAGUACCAGUUUCCAUGAUAUGUGGUUCGGUUGUACCCAUAGAUCUUGUAGAAAAGACAGGAAGAAAGCCACUGCUUAUAGGGGCAUUUUCGGUGAGCGCGGUGUCACUUAGCUGCCUGGCGUCGGCGCUGCUGGUGCAGUGGAGCGGGGCGACGGUCCCGAGCUGGGUACUCGUGGUGACUAUUGCGACUGCAGUCUUCAGCUACACAGCAGGAGUGGUGCCGAUAGUCAAUAUUAUCAUUUUGAAUGACAUGUUUAAAUUUCAAGUACGUGGAAAGUUGAUUGGCCUCAUUCACAUGUUCAUCUGGAACUGCACGUUCCUCCAAGUGAUAUUCUUCGAGCUGAUAUUGAGCGCUCUAGGGCUCUACUCUGUGUUCUUCAUGUCAGCAUCGGUUAAUGUUCUUGGAGCGCUACUUGUGUUCUUCCUCAUUCCCGAGACUAAAGGCAAAACUACAGAAGAAAUAGAGGACAUUCUGGCUGGAAACAAAAGUGCUACUCCUGAAACUGCUUUUUUUUUUCAAAAACCGAUAGGCAGAUGA